AGUUGUUAUUAGUGUUGUAUGUUCAUUCUGUCAUGAGUCUGUUUCCUGCGGCGGCCACAACUACUUUUAAGAAAAAGGAAGACAGGGGACACAAAGAUUGGUUGAAAAAUGAAAGUUUUCUUCCUGAAACAGCAUCUGUACUAACUGAGUUAGAAGACAGAAAACAUGAAUCUGAUACACCAAGUGAUGAUUCUAGUGAUGUGGUUGAAACUAAAGUGAGAAUAUCAAAAAGUAAGAAGAGGAAAAAGAAAGAGAAGCAUAGGUCACUCUCCCCAAAAUAUAAAAAACAAUUGAAGACUGCUGACAGUGUUAAAAAUGAAAAAUUAUCAGUCAUAGUUGAUCAGUUACGUUCUGACAUGCCAAUAUUUCAAGCGGAUAAAAUUCCAGAUAUGGAUAAUGUACAUUUUGGCAGACUUUAUAAAGUUUAUACAUCAAAGUAUUAUCGAGACCUUGCAUGCUGUGUUGGGACUCCAAUAUGGCAGUAUAUAAAAAUCAAAGAAUCUAAGAAAAAGAGAAGAAGAAAGCGCGCAAAUGAUGAAACAAAUCAUCGCUAUUUUGGUACAAAAUUGCCAGUUGCUGAUACUUUUUCUGGAAUUCAUAAGCAAGGAAGAAAACUACAGUUUCUCACUGACAAUUAUAUUGCAAUAACUGGUAAUUCGGAAGACCAAACAAAUGAAAAUGAUGAGAUAGAUUCUAAUGAAACACUACAGAGAUCUAUAACAGAAAAACUCAAUCGAAGGGUGAGAGAAAACCCGCAAGAUAUAGAUGGAUGGAUGGAACUACUAUCUUGGCAGGAUGAAGUUUUUAAAGGCAGUUUGGUACACGGAAGAUCCCGUAUUAUCUCUGAAAAAAAAAUUGAAAUUUUGAAUCAAGCUAUCAAAGCCAAUCCCAGAGAUGCAAAAUUACACUUGAUGAAAUUACGUUUGAAGUCGGAAAUAGCAUCUGAUCAUGUUACACUUGAUAAUGAAUGGGAAAAUUUAUUAUUUCGAUUUCCAGAUAAUAUAGAAGUAUGGAGAGGCUAUAUAUUCUACAUUAAUUGUAACAGUGUUUCAACUUUCAGUCUUAACCGAACAAGAAGAGCAUUUUCUCAUUGCGUGGAGAUUUUAAGAUCAAUUAAAGAUGGAUUAUAUAAACAAGAUACAUCUUCUGAGAUAUCUGCUGAAGAUAGAUUGGUUGAGGUGUUUCAAGAAUACACAGACUUUUUAUCUGCCACUGGACACAUGGAACAAUUGACAAGCCUUUAUCAGUGUAUGAUUGAGCUAAAUUUUCGAAGUCAAGAUGACAUAGGUACAUGGGCAGAACACAUUGACGCUAUCAGACAAUAUUUUGUGAGUAACGAACCAAAAGUUGGUGAGAAAGAUUCAAAAGGUUUCAAUGCUUGGAUUAUGAAAAACCAAACUGGUGGAUGGGUCUCAACUUCUGACAAUACAAGCAUGACAGAAGAUGAUAUUGAAGAUGACGUCGAUCCCUCUUUAAAUCUAACCCAAAAUUGGUUAAAUAUUGAAAAAUCUCGAUGUGAUAAACAAUGGUUACGAUGGCAGCCAUCUUUUGAAGGUGAUGAAUGUCAUGAUUCUGAGAGGAUUGUGUCAUUUUCUAGUAUAAAAGAUUUAUUGUUCGUCGUUGAUAGCAAACUGUUAAAAAUUGUGAUUUUGAAAAACUUUGUUCGUAUCAUGGGAUCUGCUCAACAUUAUGGUUCAACCACAUCCAAACCCUUGUCAUCUCAGAAUAUAUUUUCAUUUAGUCAUCCAGAUCAGGUUUUAAAACAAGAUGAACGUUUAUAUGGAAUGAAGCCAUUACUUUUCCGAUCAUUUGGUUCCAUUGUUGCAUCGAAACAUACUUUUCUGUGUGAAGUAUUUUGCCAGCUCAUUACCUCCACCUGUGAUGAUGAUCUAAAGACUAUGCUUUGCGGUGAAUACAUGACAUAUCACGAACACCGAGUUAUAUGUGUUUUUAUUGAGGGCAAAACAUCCCAACUUCGUAAAACUGGUAAAGAAGCGAGAAAGGCUGCCAAACAGAUUUUAAGUGACAAACCCGAUCUGUUACAUAUAUGGUGCAGUCUUGCAAUAAUUGAAUGGAUAUGUGGUAAAAGAAAUGAGGCUUGUAAAAUUUUUCAAACUACAUUAUCAAUGUCGGUAAAAUCAUUACAGACAGCAGAUAGGACUCAAAAGAGAAAGUUGUUGGCAGAUAUUCAUUACAUCUGUAAAACAUUUGCAAUUCUUCAUUUAACCAUGUGUGAGACUUGUUUUCCGUCAUCAAAUCACACAGACUCAAAAACUUGUGAUUUCAAACUUGCAGUUAUACGUUCACUGUGUGCUUUAGGAGAUAACUAUAAAUUUGCUGAAUAUUUUAGUAAAACUGAUUCUAAUUUGCAUUCUGUUAGUAUAAUGAAAGCAUCAGCAGGAUUUACUCGACUUAUAGAAGAAUCGCAAUCAUUAUAUGAACAAUUUGCAUUUGAAAAAAAUGAUCUAAAUUCAGAUGCAAAUCCGAGUGAUUACUUUAAUCUUUUCAUUUGUCAGUUUAUUUUUUCAAUUCAUUCCAAAUCACAGAUACUUGUUAACUUUGAAAAUGCUUUUGAAUUUUUACACACAAAACAAAUCAGUUGCAGCAAACAAGUCAAGAUUGAUCUCGAACAUUUAUAUCACUAUAGUAUAAAUAUUUUACAAGUUUUUUCACCACAAUCGCGAAGUAUUCAUACAAAAGUUGUAUCAGAUGCUGCCACAGAUUUCCCGUUUAACACUUAUUUUGCUGAGAAGCUUGGAGAAAUCUAUAUGCCAUCCUAUUUAUGCGGAAAUGUUAGAAAACAUUACAGAAAAAUUUGCAAUGAGACAGAUUCUGUGAUACCUUGGCUUUGUGCAAUAAAGUUUGAAUUACAUCGCAGAAAUAAACUCUUGAAUGCUUGUAUGUCAUCAUCUGAUAAUGUAGAGUCAAAAACUCAUAUUGAUACUCGAAUUCGUAAUUUAUUUGAACAUGCACUUUCUGUUGGAACCAACAUGGGCUCGCUAGUACUCUGGCAGGCUUAUUUGGCAGCUGAAAUAGAAUUUGGCUCUGAUAGGGUUCAGUCAGUGUACACCAGAGCUAUAAAUUCUUGUUCUUGGUCGAAAGAACUACAUUUAGCAAUUUUAACUGUGAAUCCUGAUUUGCUUGUUGACGUUGUUUCUCAUAUGACGAAAAAAGGUUUGAGAGUUAGGACCCCUAUAGAAGAAAUUCAAUUGCUUAUGACAAUUUAAUAUGUUUGGAUCACCCUCCUUUAAUUAAGUUUUUUCUAACUUGAUUUAUUCACCUUACAUGAAAAAAUAUUUGCAUUUUUUAUGAGAUGAUCUAUAUUCUAUGCCACUUAGACAUAGAGAGCCGUUGGGAACUUAAUAUUUUUCUUCCCCUGACUUCUCUGGGCGAAAUGGGUAGACUUUGGUUGAACAAUUUGCUAACCAGGACCUGACCUAGUACUCUAAAUUAUUAUGCGAUCCCUGCGAAAACAUCUGCUUAUUUCCAGUUAUAAAUAUUUCCUGCAAUUCUUUAUCCCUUAGUGCUAAUUUAUACAUUUUUAUGAUUUAUUUUUGAACAUUUUAUUUCAGAA